CGAAUUCACGGCCAAAAGCAUGCAAUCACAAACAAACACAAACUUACAACCAACGCCUUACAUCCACUCGCCACACUCACAUCCAAUGUCGGGCAAUAAUAAUUCCGAAAAUCGCGCCAGAGGGUCAGUUCAAUAGUGGGGCUGCGACGACGAACGGCAGCCAACGCGAGAAAAGUUCGGAAGACGCCGCCUAUCGCUUACAGCAGAUUUAAGAAAUCUAAAGGCCAAGAAUUCUCACUGUAACGCUUUGCUCAAUGUCUUAAAGCUUUUUUGGCUGCUUGCUGUUAGCUUCCUAGAGUGAGUGACCCUCAUCGGUUGACAACACACGCGCGCCAUCGCGGAAACAUUACGAAUACAUACUUUGUUGCCAGCUAAUGAGCAGCAGCAAACUUGCAUAAGUGUACAGAUACAUAUGUAAAUAAAUGCAACUUUGAUAAAAAAAAGCUCAAAAGCAAAAUAUUUAAAAAUUUGUGUAACAUUGUAAAAGUUGUGUGUGCAAAAGGUGUUAAAUUAUAAAAGAAAAUAACGAGCUUCAAGCUCGCCAUUGUCAUAAUAUAAGCCCACACUCAAAACCAAAUAUAAAUACUACAAAACACAAAAAUGUCCAAGCCAAAGCCCAUGGAGAUGUCCAAUAUGGAUGUGGAUUUCCACGAGCGCAAAGCAGAGCCCUUUCGGUUGGGCAGAUUCCUGUACAACUCCGAAGAGGGUACUGUGAUGGGACGUGAUCGCACUUCGUGGGCAAAGAUCGGCAUAUUCUACACAGUCUUCUAUGGCGUGUUGGCCGCACUAGUGGCCAUUUGUAUGUGGGUCUUUUUUCAAACGCUUGAUCCGCGCAUACCCAAAUGGACCUUGGAUAGUUCCAUAAUCGGCACAAAUCCAGGUCUUGGAUUCCGCCCUUUACCGCCAGCGGACAAUGUGGAAAGUACACUGAUUUGGUACAAAGGCACGCAGCACGAAAACUACAAGCACUGGACGGAUUCGUUGGAUGAUUUCUUGGCAGUCUACAAAGUGCCUGGCUUAACACCUGGCCGCGGUCAGAACAUCUACAACUGUGACUACAAUCAACCGCCACCAAAGGGACAAGUUUGCGAUGUGGACAUUAAAACGUGGGAGCCUUGCACUAAGGAGAAUAACUACAGUUAUCACAAGAGUUCACCAUGUGUAUUCUUGAAGUUGAAUAAAAUUUAUGGCUGGAUACCUGAAUUCUAUAAUGAUUCAAAGGAUUUGCCGGUUAAUAUGCCAACGAGCUUGAAAACUUACAUCGCUGAAAUUGAAACAUCGCAAAGUCACAAGUUGAACACCAUUUGGGUCUCAUGCCAGGGCGAGAACCCCGCAGAUGAAGAGAAUAUUGGUCCAGUCAACUACUUGCCAAUUCGUGGCUUCCCCGGAUAUUUUUAUCCCUAUCAGAACUCAGAGGGUUACCUCAGUCCGCUCGUGGCUGUGCACUUCGAGCGACCGAAGCGCGGCAUCAUCAUCAAUGUCGAAUGCAAGGCAUGGGCACGCAACAUCAUCCACGAUCGCAAGGAGAAACUAGGUUCCGUACAUUUUGAGUUGCUGAUCGAUUAACAGAGUGUGGGCAAGAUUUUUAAUAUUUACAACGUUUAAAAACCACCAACGCGUUCGCGAACGAUGGUCACAUAUUGCGAAGGCGCACAUAAAUACACACCACACAAAGCGCAAGUGCGAGUAGCAUAGAUUUUCAGCAUUAUUGUAAAACAUAAAAAUUUAUACAUAAACACAUACAUAAGUAUAACUAUUAAAAAUUAAGGAGCUAUGCAGUCGAACGAUUACUCUCUAUUAUAUACAUAUAAAAAAAUAUGAAAAAAAAAACAUAAAACACACACAUGCAUACCGAAAUUUGUAAGAUAAUUAAUGGGUUCUAUGUAUAUUUAUGAAAAUUGCUGCUGUAUAUUUUUUUAAUUUAAUUUAUCAACUUUAUUGCUGUUAGUUUAUGUGUUUUCUGUUUGUUUAUCUUUUAAGUUGAUUAUGUCAUUACAUAUGUGUAAGAAAAAGAAAAAAAAAGAGGAAAA